AUCCGAACAACAACACUACGUCAUCGGCUGUUGCUUAAUUGAAUUAUAUGUAUAAGACCUCCUGGGAGUUGGACUGAUCAAAAUUAUUCCAAUUUGAACAUUCCAGUUCAACAUCUUCCAAUUCAUCACCGCAGAAUUUCAUCCACAUACCACUAUCAAGAUGACAGGCAACGCCAACCCCGGAAACUUUGCCAACCGCCCCACCGAGGAGGUGCAAGCCAUUGCCUCGAAGGGAGGCCACGCCAGCCACGGUACCGCUGAAGCCCCCAAGACGAAGAGUGACAACCCUGGCAACUUCGCCAACAGACCCAAGGAGGAGGUUCAAGCGAUCGCCUCCAAGGGUGGUCAGGCAAGCCACGGCGGUGGUGUCCAAGCCAGCACGACAAGUGACAAUCCCGGCAACUUCGCCAAUAGACCCAAGGAGGAGGUUCAAGCGAUCGCCUCCAAAGGUGGUCAGGCAAGCCACGGCGGUGGUGUCCAAGCCAGCACGACAAGUGACAACCUGGGCAACUUUGCCAACCGACCGAAGGAGGAGGUUCAAGAGAUCGCCGCCAAGGGUGGUAAGGCUGGUUCUGUUCCGUAAAAACAAACUUGUAACCCUAAACGACUAUGAAUGCCCAGAGAUUGUGGGGUCGAACUUCGAAACAGGUG